AUGUCGACCGAAAUAAGUGCUGCUGCCCCAAGGCGGGCUGCUAAUGGCAAGAAGAGGGCCAACAGAAGGAAGAAGAGACGGACACAGGCGGAAUCCGAUUCCUCGGAUUCCUCGGAUUCUUCAGAAUCUUCUCAGCCUUCAGCAGAUGAACAGGAAGCGAAAACUGACGAUGUAGCGGUCGAAUUGUCCGAUGUGGAACUUUCUGAUUCUGAAAAUAAGACAGUCUCUCACUCUGAGAAGCUAGACGAUGAAUCAAAGGCUAAACUGAAGAGCAUACAACUUACCGCGACAGACCUAUCUUCCAAAUUUGCACUGCAGCAAAACAGAAACAUUGAUCUCCAGAAGGCCGGCAGAGAAGUCGACCACGGCUUGGAGAAGCUGGCAAAGCUAGACGCGCAGACUUCAGAACAGGAAAGUGGUAGACUUAAGACGGGGUACAUCAAUAUGCUAUUUGAGCACGUUGGCGAAGAUGUGAACCAGCUGCGUAACGCGCCGGACUUUACCCCCAAAUCACUUGUCGUGCUGGCGAAUGCGUUGAAAGAUGGCGGCGAUAUGUUUGAUAUCGAGAGUUUGAGGGCUCUCGUAGACAACAAGUAA